AUGGUGAGUCUUCGCGUGGCGUCCCUAUUCUCCGGAGUCGGAGGCCUCGAUCUCGGUCUCCAGCAAGCCGGCCACCGCAUAGAGCUCAUGGUAGAGCGCGACGCCCACUGCAAGCAAGUCCUCUCGGCGCGCUUUCCGGGCGUCGCGCUGCUCAAUGACGUGGCGGAGGUGCUCCCGUUCAUGCUCGAAAACAUCGACUGCGUCGUCGCUGGGUUUCCGUGCAACGACUGCAGCUGCGAGAAUCUCAAGCGACCCGGACUCGAGCUCGGCGGCGCCACGCGUUCCGUCUCGCACGUGUUUCGCUUGCUCGAGGCGAGACGGGUGCCGUGGCUGUUGCUCGAGAACGUCGUCGGGUUGUUGAAGUGGCACAGCGACGGCGAACAGAGACCGGCGAUCGAUUACGUAGUCAAUGAAUUGGAAAAUCUCGGAUACAGAUGGGCGUAUCGCGUCGUCGAUCUUUUGUCCUUUGGGACGCCUCAUAAGCGACGACGCGUUUUCGUCGUCGCAUCUUUGCACGGUGAUCCCCGAGACGUGUUAUUGUCGCAGAGCGCGAUGUGUUCGGGAGAGUGCGUCCAGCUGGGAAUGAACAACGAGUGUUACGAGUGCUUCAUCACUCCACCGCGAGUACCGACAAAGAUGUUUUCGGCGUCGAUAGAUCUCGGGGAGAAGCGUCGAGCGCCGUGUUGCGAUAUCAUGCACUGCUUCACGACGAGCAACGGACGUCGUACAUGUGUCGCGACCCAAAUCGGAAAGCAAAAGGCUGAGUUGUCAAUGUUGGCGAUAGAAGACGCCGAACGAUUGAUGGGAUUUCCUCCGGGUUAUACGGAACCCUGCUAUCCGCUCAUGCGUCCCAACGAACGAGCGCCGGUGUUCGACACGGAUUUACAAACGAUGAAAAGAUUUAGUCUCUUAGGUCUGGCGUGCAGCGUCCCACAAAGCCGGUGGCUUGGCGAGCAGUUGAAAUGCCCGUACAACGUGAAAUUUACCUACGAUGCGCUGGCGACGCCAUUCGAAAAGCCGUGUCCGGGACCAGCGACGCGCGAUCGAUCUUCAAAGGCAUGGCCGCUCGCCGCUUACAACAUGCUCAACGUGAACGGCGAUCCGAAAUGGACAGGUCGACAACGCGCGCCGAACGAAGUUUCAGAGUUUCCACUCAUUCGCGGUUUCACACCGCUCGGCGAUUUUCUUGAAUUCACAAAGAACAAACCCGUGCGGUACGAACUUCGAGAAGGCUACUUGCGGAGACUCGAGCUCGCGCACGAGAACAUUGACUCGACGAUUCUCGCGGCGUUAGACGUCAAGCGUGACUCGACACAAGUGACCCUGCCGUCGCCAUCAAAGAAGUCUAAGAUUGACAUUUUAGAAGACAUUGACGCCGAAGACGACGAACAAGCUGCCAAUGAGUACGACGACGAUUCGGAUGAAGACGAGGGGGAGAGCGAAGAAACAGAGGCUGCAAAGGAAAAGAGACAUCGAGACGAAAACAACGAAAACGACUUAGACGAACAUGGCAUGACGACACACGGCGAGUGCUCGUGGGUGAAAUGGAAAGGAGCUGUGCGAGGAAAGACCAUGUACUGGCCAUGCGUCGCGCUCCAUCCGCUUCGGGAUCACGCCGUUAUCCCUGAGGGCGCACGUGUUGCAGCUUUCAGCCCCAAGUUCACCGAGGAUCAUCGUUUAGUGAUCUUUUUCGACGAUCGCAGAUCCUUCGCAUGGGUUAAAGCGUCGGAAGUUUAUCCGUUCGACAAAUUUUACGGCGAAGCGAUGAAACAACCUGUGUUUUCUUCAAAGGCGAAAUUUACGCAGUCAGUCGAGUCGGCACGGGCGUGGUGCAAUGCGAGGAAUUUAGAGGCUCCCGUCAACCCAAUCGUGCAGCGUAACAACGCACAUCUCUUCACCGAUCCAUCGCCAUGUUACGAAUGUGACGUGUGCGUCACCGAAGCGCACAAGGCUAUGGCCGAUAGCAAACCGCAGACGAGAUCGCGGCGUUCGUCCGGCACGGAGUCGGAGCUCGCGGCUGGUCGUUCUAAGAUGAAAUCAAAGUGCGCACAGAUGAAGAUCAUAGAACUCGCGAGACACGGUCAAAUCGGCGCCACACUAGCGCUUCGCAAGGACAAAGCCGUAGGCCAGAGGAUAGUGGUGCUGUGGCAGCGGGACAACGCGUUUUACUCUGGCACGAUUACCGCCUUCGAUCCGCACACGUAUUCGUUUCGCGUCGAUUACGAUGACGGCGACGUCGACUUGAACUUCAAGCCGUGGACUGAAUCCGUCAUGGUAGCGCAAUACGUCCCGUCAAACGUCGACUCGGAUAUCGCUUUGGCAAAGAAGGCCAACGCCGCGUCCGCGCUCAAGGCGAAAAUCAUCGUUCACACCGCCGCCGACGCGGCGCUCGAUGAAAAUCCUCUCUGCACGAAAACCAUGCGACGCGAUGACGCCGGCGUCGCCAUCCAGCUCAAACUCUAGUUUCCUUCUCGACGAU